AUGUGUAGGAAUUGGAAUAUUGCUUCGGCUAGCGUUAUGGAUUGGAUUUUUUUUCUCUUUGAGCAGUCGUCGGAUAGUGGACAUGCGACAACGCAGCCCACACCAACGCCAUAUUUGAACGAACAAUAUCAUUUUGAAAUACCGCACAGUUUAGUUGGAUUACUUGUUAGUCAACGUGCCGGUGUCGAUAUUAUAAUUUAUGCAGGUCAUUAUAAUCCUAAAAGAGGUCAAACUCAUCAACUUUGCGUGAUUACUGGUGAACGUGAAAAAAUUAAUAGAGCGCUAAAUAUGAUUCGACGUCGAUUUCCUUCAAAACGUUUCAAAGAAUUGAAUUUAACGUGCGUUUUCGAUACAGAUCGUAUGUUAGGAUAUUUUCGAUCAAAAGUUGACAUUAUGCAUUUGAAUCCGUAUUUUACCGGUUAUCGACAAGAAAUACCUAUACAAAUGAUGGCUGAACAUCGAACUAUUUUGAGAAGCAAUGAACUAGAAGUACUCGAGCCUUGUCCAGUUUUUGUUUCAUCAGUAUUAGAUCCAGGUCAUUUCUUUUUGCAAAGAAUGGGUCCAUGCUUCUUGAAACUGCCGGAAUUCGAACAACAACUCAAAGAGAUUUAUGAUGACGUUUCACAGCGUGAAACAUUUAUCGCACCUGUUUCUCAUGGUACAUUAUGUGUGGCUCCUGUUAAAGGUAUGCCGGGUUGGUUUCGAGCAGUCGUUCUUGCCUAUUUCGAUGAAGACGAACACGUCUUGAUAAGCUAUAUCGAUCAUGGCGGUUAUUCUAGAAUUCAUUAUAAGAACAUUUAUAAAUUAAAAGCUGGACUGGAGAAUUUUGAAGCAGUAGCAGUAGAAUGUUGUUUGCCGAGCAUUGAGCCAGUAGAUGGAUCAAUGUUGUGGAGUCUUGAGGCAAUUGAAAGGAUAAAAUCGUUAAUAUUAUCUAAAAUAGCCCUUGCGCGUUGGAUUGGCUAUCGGAAUAAACGUUGUGCUGUUGAUUUAUGUAUAUCAGACGCGUGUAAUCAAUUAAUUCGACUUGAAUCGACUCUAAUAAGCAGUGGUCUAGCUAAACUUGCUGAUGCGUCUACAAUGCCCGUUCGCUUAUUUGGUAAGCUUGAAAAAAGUGCAAAAAAAUUGGACGAUAAAAAAGAAUGGGAAGACGAAGAAGAGAAUUAA